ACAGGCUAUAAACCACUCCAUUAUGGUGGUCUGGCAGUAUACACGCCCUCAAUCCUCGUGCGUGUAUACCAGCCAGAUCAUAGCUCAAUGUGGUGUUUUUACUUACGUGCGUUAUCCUUGGAUGUCUGUGCAGAGGUUUUGAGGUUUGUGCAAAAUUCUGCCGAUGGUCCCAAUCUGUAUAUACUGCAACAAAGAAUUGACUUUUGCCUACGUACAUAAUGCCUUACCUCAUAAGAAAUACUAGGUUUGCACACCCCCAUUGGAAGCUGUUGUGCAAAUUUUUUUGCUUGCCUGUGUGCUUACAUAUGUCAUGUGUCAUCUUUGUUAUGUGGAUUAUUUUAGGCCCAGAUGAAAAGAUCGAAUUCCUAAAAAAUAUAAAGGACAAGGUCAAGAAUGAACCAGAUGCAACCAUCCUUUGUAUGACCUCACUUGGAGCUAUUUUGCUUCAGCAAAAUUUACUAGACGAAGUCAAGGUUCUUGUCGAGGAGACCAGUCAGCUAUUGGAGUCAUUAAAUGGAGUGUCUGUUGUCCAUGCCAAGUUUUAUGAACUCUCCAGCAGUUACAACAAGGCCACAUCCAACUUUGAAGCUUAUUACAGGGAUGCUCUGAGAUACCUUGGUUGUGUGGAAAUCACUUCAAUUGCAGUAGCUGAACAAUCAGAAAGAGCAUUUCAUCUCAGUUUGGCAGCAUUGCUUGCAGAAAGUGUUUAUAAUUUUGGAGAGAUUCUGUCCCAUCCUGUGAUGGACUCUCUUCGAGGAACUGAAAGAACUUGGAUGGCUAAACUUCUUAAGGCUUUCAAUGCAGGGGAUUUGUGCCAGUUUGAAGACCUUCGCCCUUUUUGGGAACAACAGCCUGACCUCUUCAAGAACCAAACUAUGCUUCUGCGAAAGAUUCGCCUCCUCUCAUUGAUGGAGCUAAUAUUUAGAAGGCAUGCUCAUGACCGGACUAUUUCCUUUUCUGAUAUUGCCAAAGGAGCGAGUAUCGACAAAAUUGAGGUACAUAUUACUAACAUUUUGAUAAUAAAUUUGCUUAUUUACAGUUAGUGUUGUUAAGGUUUUCAGAAGUGGAGGUAGGCUAGCGAGGAUGAAAAGACUUAACUUAACAACUUGAGUUUUGCUUGAGUUGAACUUUGGAACACAAGUGAUACUUCUUCUUCUUCUGAUUCUUAUCGUCUUCCGAUUCUCAGUCUUUUUGGAUGGGUUUUCUAAAGCAAACUAAUAUUGACCACGUUAACACCCCGAGCACAUCACACAGGAAAAUGACAAUGAAUGUUGUAACAGUUGAAAAGUGUCAAUCUGUGGUGCAACUACGUCUCACAGUCUGAAUAAUAAGGGCUCUGGGUGUGCUUACAAUCUGUUUGUAAAUCAUGCUUCACAUAUUACAUCCGUAUCUUGUCUCCCUCUUUUUCGUUGGCCACCUCAACCAGAUUUCAAUGCCCCUAAGUUAGCUAUUCCAUGGAUACUCAAAACGCCAUCUACUACAUAAUGUAGCUAAUCCUCUCAGCAAGAAAUCAUGAGUGUAGUCCAGUUCAGCAGGAACGUAUGAAGGCAAUGAAGGAAGCAUGUAACUGCGGAAUAGUGAAAUCCAAACACGGAAAAUAGUACCUAACCUCACACAGAAGAUAGCCUGAGCCAGCACAUAACAGCUGUUGCAAGUCUCCUCCAUGUGUCAAUACAGUUCCAGAUG